UCGGUUACCGGACAGUUAAAACAAUGUAUUCUCCUACGAAACUUAUUGCUUGUGCGCUGAUUUUUGCGCAGCUGUUGGGCUCAAUUCAUUGUGGAGUAUACGACAAUACGGAUAACUGGGUCCUUUCUGACAAGACCGCCAAUUUCCCAGAAAACGCUGUUCUGGGCGGAAUCGAUUCAUACGGCUAUGAUAACUACGUGGGGCGCGUCGUUUAUUCAAGCUCGAUUCUGCCAGCCCGUGUAAGGGCCGAGACUGGAUACGCCACUUACAAUACCGAAGCAGUAGCUAAUCAGGCAGCCUCCUACGAGUUGUUGGUCGCCAAUGAGACCGUCAGCUAUCACUGGGUGCGCAGUUAUGAUGGCUUCAGGGAAAAGAAUGCCGUUUCUGUGGGCACAAGCGCCUUGAACGAACGCGUUUACGUGUGCCGCGCCAGAACUGAUGGCGGCAUCUUUAUUGGUACCCUGUAUCUUGCGCAAAAGGCUUGCAUCAUCCGCUACGAGAGCUUGCCUCUGAGAGAGAUUACUAAAUAUGAGGUACUAGUGCGAAAAGUUACACCGGCAACGUGGGCACCAUUCGACAAUCAAAACAAUUGAUAAGAUUGCGAAAUUUAAUUAAUAAUUAAAUAUUAAAAUACGAGCAUAAAU